AUGGCGGAAAACAGUCAGCCAAACGCAGACCUUGCAGCUAUUUUGGCGACUCUCGCGAAUCUCCCCAAGCCGGAGGCUCAGCCGUACCAGGACCAACAAGCAUACGAACAGCAUUACGCACCCGCCCCGAGCAACCACUACCAGCAACAACCAGCUGAUCCUCGUCUUGUUGGUCGUCCGGCUCCCCAGCACCGACAGCCACAUGCCAAACCCCACGACAGAGUUGCGUCGCCGCUCAUCGACCCUUCGACCAUCACGGAAUGGAAGCAGGGGCUCCGCUGCGUCAGCAAGAUUGCCACGCAAAACCCGGAUUUUGCUCCGGCAGUUCGCAAGUUGAUGAAAGACCAAGAAGCAAAUGUCAAGUCAUGGGAGGCAGGCCGCAGGAAUCUCAUUGACGAACAAAAGUUCAAGCGUGAGAAUGAACGGACGCAUCGAGCUGCUUUGUCUUUGCCCGGUCUGUUGGAAGGUACAGCACUGCUUCGUACGCCGGAACGCGAAAAGGAAGAACUUGAACAGUACGAUGCCAAGGUGUAUCGAGCUUGCAAAGCCAUGGUCGAAUCCCAGACGUCAUCGCUCAAGGUGCUGGGCGUUCCGUUUUUUGGAGUAAAGCCGUAUCUAGUCGUGGGCGCUGCUUACGAUCCAAUGGAAGUGGCAGACGCGCCGUCAGCUCCGGAAGGGGGCAAAAUCACCAAAGACCAGCUCCUGGAGUUGCAGAGGAAGAUGCUCAACCAUCUCAUGGAGCUAUAUGGCGACUAGCGUUGCUCUGGCUGUGCGGCGGAGGGUUAUGAGAUAUUGGAACUGACUUGGAACUGACUGACUACCGGGCUUUGUUUGUACAUGCGCAUCUCAACACAGUCCCC